AUGGUGUUGGAAAUAUUGAAAAACAAUUAUAAAGGAAAUGGGGAAAAUUAUUACAAUAAAAAUAAUAAACACCAAAAAAAAAAUAAAAGAAUAACAAAUGUGUUAGAUGAUGAUGAAUAUGAUAACGAAAAUGAUGAUAAAAAUGUAGAUAGUGUAAAUAAUUCAGAGCUAAGUUACUUAUAUGGAAUAUAUAAAAAUGGGUUUAAUAAAGAAGAGAACAAUGAAAUUAUGCUGUCUCACAAAAAUAAUAAAAAAGGGUUUAUGAAUAAAAAUAAAAUUAACGAAAUAUAUGAUAAUUCAAAAGAGAUGUUACAUUAUAGAAAUCAAGAAAAUGAAGAAAAUGAUAUAUUCGAGGAAGAUAUUUAUGAAAACGAUAAUUUUGAUGAUAAUAAUUUUGUAGAGGAGGAAAAUGUUGAAUAUAAAACGUACAAUUCGUAUACAAAUGAAGAGACCAACAUGUUAAAUAAUUAUUCAAGAGUAAAUAUUAAAAACGUUUUAGAUUCUCACAAUAUAAAUAAACAAAAACUAUAUAACAAACACAGCAAUAACAAUAAUACUAAUAAUAAGAAGAAUGAUAAAAAGAAUUUUAAUGAGAAUGAUUCUAAUAUCGGGGAAUAUUCCAAGAAUAGUAAUAUUACUAGAAAUUCAUAUAAAAAAAAAUUACCAUACAUCCAUGAAAAAUAUAACGAAAAGAAUAAAAGUAAUUAUGAAUAUCAUAUUGACGCAUAUGAUAAUUUUUAUGAAUAUGGUGAUGAAUAUAAUAACAAUCAUAAAUCAAAAGGAAAAAAUAUAUUUGAAAUAGAAGACGUAAAUAUAGAUAGAAAGGGAACUAAGAAAAUUGAAAAUAUAGACAAAAAUAACGAAACACUGAAAGAUAUGUAUUACGAUUAUUAUGAUGAAGAUAACUUUGACUAUGAAGAUGUUAAUGCUGAGGAAGAAGAUGAUAAUGUUGAGGAAGAAGAUGAUAAUGUGGAUGAAGAAGAUGAUAAUAUGGAUGAAGAUGAUAAUAUGGAUGAAGAAGAUGAUAAUAUGGAUGAAGACGAUAACUAUAUUGAAUAUAAUGAAAAUGAUCAUGUUCAUGAUAAUGAAGAGAAUUAUUAUAAUAACGAUGAUAGCUAUGGUGAAGAAAUAAACGAUUCUAAUAAAUAUUUAAAGAAUAAUGUUAAAGAAGAAAGUAUUAAAAAUGAUGUGAAUAAAGAAGUAUCUCAUUCUAAUUUUAAUGAUGACUUAAAAAAAAAGUAUAUUGAUGUUAAAGGUUUUAAAAAUGAAAACAUUUUUAAUUUUAAAAAUAUAAAUAAGGAAGAUGAUAAUUCUUUAAAAAGAGAAGAACUGUUUUCUUUUGAAAAUGGAAAGAAAUUAUAUAAUAGAGAAGAAAAUAAAAUUAAAGUUUCUACGUUUGACAUGUGUAAUAAAAAUGAAUGGUUUGAAAAAUAUGAUGUUAAAAUGGGGAACUACAAAACGUAUAACAAUUAUAAAAAUGAUAACAAUGAUAAGAACAAUAAUAAUACAUUUGGUUUUAAAGGUUUAGAUAAGAAAAUCGAGGAAAAGAAGGAAUAUGACAAAGUGUAUAUGGAUGGAAAUAAUUAUAUGAAAGGAAAAUUAAUAGGAAAUAUAUCACCAAAAAUUCAAAGAAGUCAUACAGAUAAUAAAAUAGAGAAUUAUGUAUUAGAUGGUGAAAAUAUGAAUACAUUUAAUAUUAUGAAUGAAGUUAAUAGUGUUUUACCAUAUAAUAAUAAUAAUAAUAAUAAGUUAAUUUACGAUCAGGGAGAUACAUUAAAUAGUAGAGAACAUACUAGAAAUAUAUCAAAAUAUAAAACUGUAGAUUAUUAUAGUAAUGAUAUUUUAAAAAGAGGAAAGGAAACUUAUAAAGAAUUGACAAAAAGGAAAAAUGAAGAAAUAUGUGAAUCAUUAAAUAGUGAAGAUAAAAAAAAACAUAAUAUAAAACAUUUUCUGGACAAAAUGAAAAGUAAAAAACACAUUGAGGAUUUUUUUAAAAAGGAAGAUAAAAUAUGUGAACGUUCAGAAAAGAAGGAAAAAUUAAAAAUAAAAUUUACAGAUAUAUUACAUGCAGGAGCAUUGGGUCACUUUUUUCAUCGUAAUAAAAAUAGUUUAUCUCGUUCUUUCAUAUCAUCUGAGGUUAAAAGAAAUGGUAGUUUUAAUUCUAUUAAUAAUAUAAAUAAAAUAGAUCAAUUUAAAUAUAAUACAUUAGAAAAAUCUGAAACAAAAAUUGAUGCAUUUGAUGAAAGCAAACUUGACAAAGUAAGAAAUGAUGAAACAGUAAGUUAUAAUAAAAUUGAAUGUAAAAAUUUGAUAGCUUAUAAUUCAGAGGCGCAAUUAAAUUUAAAUAAGAAUAAGGAUUUGAAUUUUGAUAAAAAUGAAAGGUAUAAAAUAAAUGAUAAUGAGGAAAAAAUCCAUUUUUUAAAAUUUCCCAAUGGAUUAGAUAAUGACAAAAAAAAAGCCCUAAAAAGUAAUGAUAAAGGAAGUGAUGAUAAGUUAAUAUCUUAUGUGGAAGAUAUGAAAUAUAAAAAAUAUAAUGAUAUGAAUAAACAAAAAAAUGGUAUUCCAAAUGAGUUAGUAAAUAAUAGAAGAAAUAUGAUGAAUAAAGAUUAUUAUGAAAAAAAAUAUAAUAUCAAGAUAAAUAGAAAUAAUGAAGAAAAUGGAGUGGAUGAAAAAAUGUUAUCUGUACAUGAUGUAGUUUCUAACAAAAAUGAUUUUGAAUCUGGAGGAAAAAUUAAAGGAAUACCGAAUUUUCCUUUAAAUAAAGAAUUUAUAAAACAGAAUGAGAGAUACAAAGAAAAAGGAAAUGAAAAGUAUGAAAAAGAUUUAGAAGUGAACAUAGAUCAAACAUUGAGUAGAAAAAUGCUUGAGAAUAAUAAAUUAAAGAAACAAAAUAAUAUUGAUGAAGAUGUUAUGGUUACACCAUUUUAUAUUAAAAGCAAAAUAGAUAAAGUUUUAAAAAAUAAUGAAAUAUUUGAAAAAUCAGCUAGAGCUACUUUUCAACAAUUUGAUGUCAAAAAUAAAAAUUUUUUACAUUUUAGUGAAAUUGAAUCCUUAAUACAAAAAUUGUGUCACAAUCUGGAGCUUCCUCCCGUAGAUAAGAAUAUAUUAUCUAUCGUGUAUAAAGAUUAUGACAGCAGCAAAAAUAAUAGAAUGAAUUAUACUGAUUUUCGGCAAAUGUAUUGGGAUUUAUUGAAGCAGAUAAAAAAAAAAUAUUAUCCUACGAAAAAUUUUAAAAUUAAAAGGAACUGUAUUAUAAGUAGAAAAAAAUUGGGUGGUUAUGAUUAUUCAUCCAUAUAUAAUUAUUUAAGUUUUAAGAAAAUACUUGGGUAUGGUGCUUUUGGUGAAGUACAUUUAGUAGAGGAUAAUAUAUGUAAGUUAUAUAAAGUGGUGAAGAUUUUGAAAAAGAAGAGCUUGAAACAUAUUAAAAUAAAUGAAGAAAUUAAUGUAUUAAUAUAUUUGGAUCAUCCGAAUAUUAUAAAAAUAUUCGAUGUAUAUGAAAAUGUGGAUUGUACAUAUAUUGUAAUGGAAUUAUGUGAAGGUGGUGAAUUAAUGAGUAAAAUUAAAAACUCAGAAAGUUUCAGUGAGACAUAUAUAAAAAACAUAAUGUUUCAAAUUUUAUGUGCCAUAGCAUAUAUGCAUAGUAAUAGUAAUAAUAUAGCACAUAAAGACUUAAAACCAGAAAAUAUACUUUUCAAAGAAAAAGGCGAUGAUACUUUAAAAAUUAUCGAUUUUGGUCUAGCAGAAUUAAUUAAUAAAUCAGAAGGAAUUAGUAAAACAGCUGCAGGAACAGUUCUAUAUAUGGCUCCAGAAGUAUUCAAAAAAAAAUUUACAAUCAAAUGUGAUAUAUGGUCAGCUGGAGUUAUCAUGUUUUUUUUAUUUACUAAAUCCUUGCCUUUUGGUGGAAAUACAUAUGAAGAGGUCAAACAAAGUAUAUUUAGGGAUGAACCAGAUUAUAAAAGUUUAAAGUCGAAAUUAUCUCAAACGGCAUUGCAUAUGUUGAAGCUAAUGUUGCAGAAGGAUUACAAUAAGAGGCCCAUGGCAUCAGUUCUUUUACAUCAUCCAUGGUUUCAAGGUUAUUUCGACCCAAUCCAAAUUUCUCCCAACGUUCUAAAUAAUAUUAAGUCAUAUAUGAAACAUUCAAACAUAAGAAAUAUUAUUAUCAACAUAAUGGCACAUGAAUUAAGUGUAAUAAAUAAUCACAUCAAGUAUAUCAAUGAGCUAUUUUAUAAAUUAGAUACGAACCAUAACGGAUCACUGAGUCAUCGAGAAAUUUAUACCGUUUUGGCUAGUGUAGGAAUAAAAAAAUGGGAUAUUAAUAGGAUUCUUCAGGCUUUGGAUAUUAACGAUAGGGGCAACAUAACUUACACAGAAUUUAUGGCUGGAUGUUAUAGAUGGAAAAAUAUAGAAUCGACCUUUUUGAAAGCCGCUUUUAACAAGAUUGAUAAGGAUGAGGAUGGUUACAUUAGUAAAAGUGAUAUCGUAUCAUUAGUUCAUGAUAAAGUUUUAGAUAACAAUGAUAUUGAUAACUUUUUCUUAUCAGUUCAUAGCAUAAAAAAAGGAAUACCUAGGGAACAUAUUAUAAAUAAAAUAAGUUUCCAAGAGUUCAAGGAUUAUAUGCUUAGUACAUUUUAA